GGGUACCGGAUGGGGGAGCGCGGUCCACGGCAGUACGACGUUAUCGUGGCACUGACUGUAGCCUAUAAAUACCAGGAGGCGCGCAGCCUACCUACCAACACGGGCAUUGAUCUAAACACGGGUUGAACUGCGAGGAAAGGCACUUACAUUAGGAAACCCUACUACUGGGAUAAACGCCUCAAGUGAAACGGAAUAUAAACCGCUCGAAUUCUAGUCGAGUGUCGCUCGCCCGUGCGACGCACAGCACCAAUAAUACUAUGAUGAUCAAGGUUUACAUCGCCUCCUCCUCGGGAUCUGUGGCGGUGAAGAAGCGCCAGCAAGCUGUGGUGGGGUUCUUGGAGGCCAACCGGAUCUCCUUCCAGGAGGUGGACAUCACCAAUGUGGAGGACAGAAGACUGUGGAUGUACCAACACAUCCCCCCGGAGAAACACCCAGACAAGGGCAACCCGCUGCCCCCACAGAUCUUCAACGGAGACUGCUACUGUGGGGACUAUGAGGACUUCUUCCAGUCCAAGGAGAACAACACUGUGUUUACAUUCCUAGGCCUCAGCUCACCGCCCUCAGUAAAGGAUUCCGAGUCGUAAGAGGUAGCAUGGGGAGUCGGAGGUCGCGGAGCACAUCACUUCCUGUAUUACAUCACUUCACCUCUCCCGGAGAUCUCACCAUAAUGACACCACCAUGUUGCCAAACACCCCAACACUCUGACCCCCCACCCCCCCACCCCACCCCGAAAAAACACCUCACCCUCUUCCCCCACCUACAGCCAUCUAACCUGACACAGGAGGAGGGGAGGGGCUUCAGACCAAGUGGAGGAAAAUCAGACGAAUCGAAGGAACUUCAGACCAUGGGAGGCGGGGCUUCACCCUAAAACAAUGGACAAUGAUUUCUUGAUUAUUAUUUUUUUACGUUGUUGUACAACUACUGGUACUCAUGACGAUCUAGUCAGUGGUUUCUGUUUGUGUUAGCGGUAACGAAUUAGAUUGAGUUUUCUUUACUGCUAUGUAUUCUUUGAACGGUUGUUCAAAACACUGUGUAGCCGCUCUUCUAUCAACAGCAGAAUGUAGCUCUCCUGUCAGUGUAGCCAGGUUGUCCUGCUCUUCUAUCAACAGCAGAAUGUAGCUCUCCUGUCAGUAGCCAGGUUGUCCUGCUCUUCUAUCAACAGCAGAAUGUAGCUCUCCUGUCAGUGUGUAGCCAGGUUCUGUAUGCAGACAGACGGAUAAAGCUGACCUGAGGUCGACACUGGUAACACUGUUCUUUAAAGUUGGACUUACGGUUAAAAUCGGAGGGAGAUGGAGUCCGCUAGAGCUAUAUUAGAUGGGACUUUGAACAUUUUCCAUAAAACGUUUAUUUAGAUUUGCGGAUUUUUAUCAACAUUGACCAUAUUAUUUUCGUGAAAUCUAAUUUUGAUUCUGAGUUAGGGCAUAUUUAAGUUUUAUAUGUGAGAACUAUUUCUAAAAAGUAUUUUCAAAACUCA